AUGGGUCAGAGGAGCCGCCGCGGCAGCAUGAAUUGUGGCAGCGGCAGCGGCAGCGGCAGCCUCGGCCGCCGCCCGCGGCGCAAGUGGGAGGUGUUCCCGGGCCGCAACCGCUUCUACUGCGGCGGCCGCCUCAUGCUGGCCGGCCACGGCGGCGUCUUCGCGCUCACGCUGCUGCUCAUCCUCACCACCACCGGACUCUUCUUCGUCUUCGACUGUCCCUACCUGGCCCGCAAACUGACCCUUGCCAUCCCCAUCAUCGCUGCCAUCCUCUUCUUCUUCGUCAUGAGCUGCCUGCUGCAGACGAGUUUCACCGACCCCGGCAUCCUGCCCCGGGCCACUGUCUGUGAAGCAGCUGCCCUGGAGAAACAGAUCGACAACACUGGCAGUUCCACAUACCGGCCACCCCCUCGGACUCGGGAGGUGAUGAUCAACGGGCAGAUGGUGAAGCUGAAGUACUGCUUCACCUGCAAGAUGUUUCGGCCACCCCGGACCUCCCACUGCAGUGUCUGUGACAACUGUGUGGAACGGUUUGACCAUCACUGCCCCUGGGUGGGCAACUGUGUGGGGAGACGGAACUACCGCUUCUUCUACGCGUUUAUUCUCUCCCUGUCAUUCCUGACGGCCUUCAUCUUUGCCUGUGUGGUCACCCACCUGACGCUGCGCUCUCAGGGAAGCAACUUCCUCUCCACUCUGAAGGAGACACCAGCGAGCGUGCUGGAGCUGGUGAUCUGCUUCUUCUCCAUCUGGUCCAUCCUGGGCCUCUCAGGGUUUCACACUUACCUCGUCGCCUCCAACCUGACGACUAAUGAAGACAUCAAAGGCUCGUGGUCCAGCAAGAGGGGUGGUGAAUCCUCUGUCAACCCCUACAGCCAUAAAAGUAUUAUCACCAACUGCUGUGCUGUGCUCUGCGGCCCCCUACCUCCCAGCCUGAUUGACCGGAGGGGAUUUGUGCAGUCCGAUGCCGUGUUGCCCUCGCCCAUCAGAAGUGACGAUCCAGCCUGCAGAGCCAAGCCCGAUGCCAGCAUGGUAGGAGGCCACCCCUGACCAGGACUCAGUACUUGCCACCUGCUGGCCUGUCUGCCCCUCCGCACUCACCUGCCGCCCUCCACACCUGCGGGGACUCUCCCCAUUCCAUCUGAGGGAAGCAGGGCUGCCAAAGACUCAAGUCUUUUCGUAUUUAUUUCCCACCCUGCGUGGCUUUCCCUGAACUGUUUUGUGGCUGUGCCCUCUGCUCCCCAAACCUGGGUUCCUGCAGCCUUGGGCCCUGGGUGCCCCCAGCUGAUCAGUGGCAGAAUAGACAGGAGAGGCCAGAGCCUCUGGAGGCCAGCAAGGGGACCGUGCCAAGUUUCUGCCUGAGCCAGGGCAAGCCCUGUGUGAGUGGAGGUGUGAACUGAGUGUGAGGCCUCCAAGUUGGGGGAACUACUUGGGCCUUGCUGAGCCAGGGUCCUCAGGGCAAAGCAGGAGACUGAUGAGCUGUCAGCUCUGGACAGGUCUGUGGGGGAGGAAGCCUCCAUCGGCUGCUUUGGCUUGUGGGCUCCUUCAUUCUCUUUGUGAUGAUCAUUGUUCUUUCUUCCGUGGGGUUUUUCUUUUUUCUUUUUUUUGUAUGGAGUUGGCCAAUAGGAUAGAGCUGGGGUUCCAGUAGAGAGGGCAGGGUUAGCGGUGGGUGGGGAAGCCUGUGUCAGAGGAAAUUGAAUCAGCCAGCCAGGCACCCAAAACCUAGCUCCUGUACGAUUCCUGGGCAGCACAGCAGGAAGUGGGGGCCUCAUCCUCCCCCUGCCCGUGGAGGGCUCUCCAAGGGAUCCCAGCAUGCCCCCACCUCUCUCCCAGGAUAGGCCUGGGGAUGGGCAGGCUAUGCUCAUGCUGGCAAUACUUGAAACGGGUUUAUUAAUGCUGGGUAUUUUGCACAAUUUUAUAGACCUCUUUUCUACAUAGCCUUUUUUAAAUGGAAGAAGACAAAAUUGGCCACAUCGCUAUCUGUGUAGUGCCAGGUGAAGGGUUAUCAGAAGGCUGGUUAGUUUUAUUAGGUUUAUUACAAAAGACCUUCUGGCUGUGAAUGAGUGUGUGUGUGUAUGUGCGUGUUCACGUGUGCCCCUGUACAAAUGUGGCUGGCUCCCACAUCCCCUGGGCUGCCUUCCCCCAUCUACCCUUGGGUGUCAGGAACAGCCUGAGCCUUGGGGUAGGAGCAUCUGCAUCCGUCACAAGAGGCCCCUGGGCUCACGCUGGGGCCUAGCCCCACCCUCUUAUCUUCCCUUCCUCCAUGGACUUCAGACAACCUGUGGCUGGAGACUCUCCCACCCAACUCCCCCACCCCACCUCUGCCACCCAGCCCCCAGGUUAGGCUUCUAGCUGGGACCUGCCCAGACAGGCUGAGGCUGGGCAUGGUGGGUGGGGUGAUGGCUGUGGGGAGCAGCUGCCAUCCUAUAAGCCACACCCCCUUCUCUGAGCUCUGACUAUGGGACCCAGUGCCAGAGAUGACUGAGGAUAAGGUGUUUCUGCCAAGUGGGGGCCUCCAUCCAGAGAAGAGGAGGGCCUCAGUCUCGGCCAGAAACUCAGAGGAUGCCCCUCCUCUGCUAGAAGCUAUAGUUUCUUAUCAAAGUAGAGAAUUGUCCGUCUCUCCCCUCCUUUGCCCUUCAACUGGGCUGAAGCCCUUGGGAAAUGACAUAGGAAGUCCCUGGACCUUGCCCUUCCUCGCUCCAAAGGCUAGUGGUCACAGGUGGAGCUGGGAAUAGCAGCCACAGAGGGUCCCCUCUGGGAGAAGCAGCUUUGCCCCAGCCUCAGGGCCCUGGGCAUCGCUACAGUGGCCAUGCGAGGUGGGAAGGAAGCUGGCUAGAGGAGGGGGCUCCCACUUGCGUUUAAUUUAAGCCAGUAUUCUUUGUUCCUGCUUGUAAUAAAACUUUUGUUUUUAAGA